AACUUGUAUCUUUUUCUCUUUCAUACCCUGCCCUCCGAUGGAUUUUGGUGCCUUGCUGUUGGGUUUCUUCUGAUUGGCUCAUCUCUGUCUUCAUCAUGACAACAGAGAAGAGCUUAGUGGCUGAGCCCAAACAUCCUAAGGAACAACAGCCAAAGGAGGAAGACGUAGCUGCUGAAACUCGUAAGCAAGAGUUUUCUUUGGAGGAAGAGGCUCCCCAACAGGCAUCUGAGGGACAUAAUCAGCCUGGGCAGAAGCAGAAGGCCUCCAACGGUGAUACCCCCACACACGAGGACCAGAGCAAGAAAGAACGCCGCACUUCUGAGGGUCGGGGCCUGUCGCGACUAUUUUCAUCGUUUCUCAAAAGACCCAAGUCUCAGAUCUCUGAAGACGACAAAGAAGCUGAAACUCCAAAGGAACCAGGUGAAGGAGGCCAGAAAGAGAGAGACUUAGGAACCAGCCCUGAUGAAGAGAUUCUGUUGAAGGCUCCAAUAGCUGCACCAGAGCCUGAACUGAAGACUGAUCCAUCUUUAGAUCUUCAUUCACUCAGCAGUGCAGAGACACAGCCUGCUCAGGAGGACAGAAAAGAAGAUCAGGACCCAGACAUCAGAGACCUUGAGAUUAAGGAAGACAGCAGUGUGCAGGAAGAGUGUUCCAGGGCAGAGGUGAAAAGAGAGAACCCGGAGACAAAGGCAGACAAAGACUUAAAGGCCACCCAGAGAACAGUGAAAAGACACAGAAACAUGCACUGCAAAGUUACUUUGCUGGAUGACACCAUUUUCGAGUGUACUAUGGAUAAACAUGCCAAGGGACAUGAUCUGCUAAGAAAAGUAUGUGAACACCUCAAUCUUUUGGAAGAAGACUACUUUGGACUCGCCAUAUGGGACUCUCCAACUGCCAAGACAUGGCUGGAUCCUGCCAAGGAGAUAAAAAAACAGGUGCAUGGAGGUCCCUGGGACUUUACAUUCAGUGUGAAGUUUUAUCCACCAGACCCAGCACAACUGACAGAAGAUAUAACAAGGUAUUAUUUGUGUCUUCAGCUUAGACAAGACAUUGUGACAGGGCGGUUGCCUUGUUCCUUUGCAACGUUGGCCCUGCUAGGUUCUUACACAGUCCAAUCUGAGCUGGGAGAUUAUGAUCCAGAGCUACAUAGUGCAGAUUAUGCCAGUGAGUUUAAACUGGCCCAAAACCAGACAAAAGAACUUGAAGACAAAGUUAUGGAACUACAUAAAACAUACAGAUCCAUGACUCCAGCCCAAGCAGACCUGGAAUUUCUUGAUAAUGCAAAAAAGCUGUCAAUGUAUGGAGUUGAUCUUCACCAAGCUAAGGAUUUGGAGGGAGUAGACAUCACUCUAGGAGUCUGUUCUAGUGGCCUUCAUGUCUACAAAGAUAAACUGAGAAUCAACCGCUUCCCUUGGCCCAAAGUUCUGAAGAUUUCCUACAAACGCAGCAGCUUUUUUAUUAAGAUUCGGCCAGGGGAGCAGGAACAAUAUGAAAGUACUAUUGGGUUUAAACUGCCUAGUUAUCGGGCAGCUAAGAAGCUGUGGAAAGUCUGUGUUGAACAUCACACGUUUUUCAGGCUAAAUUCUACUGAAGCCAUUCCCAAGAGCAGGUUCCUGGCGCUGGGAUCUAAAUUCCGUUACAGUGGACGAACACAGGCCCAGACAAGACAGGCUAGCGCCUUGAUUGAUAGACCCGCACCACAGUUUGAACGAACAGCAAGCAAGCGGGCCUCCAGAAGCCUUGAUGGAGCUAAACGUACGACCCAAAAAAUUGAAUUCAGACCUGUAGAGGAGGAGAAGCAGGAGGAGGUGGUGAUGGUUGAGGUUCCAGAAUCAAAACCCGUGGAACAAUUCCAAGAAAAGCCAGCCAAACAUACAUUUGAAAUUUUUGAGAUGAAACCCAUUGCAGAGGAAGAGGAGGAAGAGAGAUUGGAGGUGCUUAAAUUUCCUGUUUCAGAAGUAAAAAUAAUGGAACCAUUCCAGAAACAGCCAGCUGCAAGUGUUCUUGAAAGUAUUGAGAUAAGCCUCAUAGAAGAAGAGGAGAAGGAAGAGGAGAAAAUUUUGAUGAACAAAGAUCUAGAAUCAGAACCCAAAUUUUUGGAAUCAGUCCAAAAGGAGCCAGCAGCAGCAGUGAUUACACCUGACCGAAGCCCACGACCCACUUCUGCACCAGCUAUUGCUCAGAGCCAUGUAGCUGAACCAACCCCACCAGCUGCAUCUGCCUUCAAGGAAAUGGAGGUUGUUUCUAAAAAAGAGAAGGAAGCUGCAAAAACUGAAGUCAAACAUGAAGAAAUGCCAUCUGACAAGGACAAGAUGGAGCCAGCUGAAGUGACCAAGGUGGGGAAAGCGCACAUCGAGGUCACAGUACCUACUACAAAUGGUGACCAACUCCAGCAGCCUGCAGAAAAAGAGGAAGAACUGAUAAGAAUGAGGAAGAAAAGAUCAAAGAAACUAGAUGGUGAAAACAUUUAUAUCAGGCAUAGCAAUUUAAUGUUGGAGGAUCUAGAUAAAACUCAAGACAUAAAGAAACACCACGCCAGCAUCAGUGAGUUAAAGAAGAACUUUAUGGAGUCCGUCCCGGAGCCCCGGCCUAGUGAAUGGGAUAAGCGCCUGUCUACUCACUCCCCUUUCAGAGCACUUAACAUCAAUGGGCAGAUCCCCACAGGAGUAGAAGGAAGUAUCAGUGACUUUCCUUCCCAAGAGGAUGUGGAUGAAAUGACAGAGAGGAAAAGUAUUAACCCUGACUUUGAACGGGAGGGCCCAGAGUGUUCAGUAGCCUUUAGUGAGAACCAAAUAUCAACUCCAGCAGAGACUUCACAAAGUCGUGACUUUGGCACUUCCUCUGUAAGCAGCGAGGAGGAGGAGGGAGCUUCUGGCCUCCUUGAGGGCAAGGAGGAGCUAAGAUGUGAAAAGGGGGUGUAUGCAGGUGCAGAAAAGCAGGCUGAUGACUUAGAGCAACCUGAGGUGGAGACCCCUGUAAUCCCUGCUUCGCCUCCGCUGCAGCCCUUUGAGAGAGAGGAGGUGGCAGAGGAUGUUGAAGAAAAUGUUGCAAGAGAGCCACUUAGAAAGCUAAACAGAGUGUGUCAGCACUCGCAUGUUAAUAAUGAGUUUCCUGCAGUCAUUCGCUGUUUUCAGCCACCCCUAGUGAAGACUCAAACAGUCACCAUCUCUGAUGUGUCCAAUGCUGUGAAAAGUGAAAUUCCAACAAAAGAAGUUCCCAUUGUUCACACAGAGACCAAGACUAUCACCUAUGAGGCUGCUCAGACAGAUGAUGGCAAUGGGGAUUUGGACCCUGGAGUCCUGCUGACUGCUCAGACCAUCACCUCUGAGACGCCCAGCAGCACAACCACCACACAAAUCACAAAGACUGUGAAAGGUGGAAUUUCAGAGACACGAAUUGAAAAAAGAAUCGUCAUCACAGGAGAUGCAGACAUUGACCAUGACCAGGUUCUAGUGCAGGCUAUCAAAGAAGCCAAAGAACAGCAUCCGGACAUGUCUGUGACCAAAGUGGUCGUUCACCAGGAAACCGAGAUCGCUGAAGAAUAGCCAGGUCAGGAAGUGUUUCUCCCUGACUGAAAGAACGUGAGAAAGAUGAAUACGAGCAAAACAACAAGGAAACUACCUGGAGCACAAAGACCUCGGAUUUACAAUCUUUACCCUCAGAAACUGAACCUUCAUAUUGCUUAUUAUUAGGAGUUGUGCUUUGACAUUUACUUGGAAUUUUCCAGAGUACAAUGGAUCCUUUUGAAUAUAGUUUUUUAUAUUGUGACAGACAGUAUGCCAUACUUCUCACUGUACUGAAUGUUUUUUUACAGGUUUUCAAUUUUGCAUUCCCCCUCUCUCAGCCUCUUUCAGAUCCAUUUUUACAGCAGAGGUCCCAGCAAAACCCAUGGGGCUCUCAAAGGGCUGGCAUUUAAGUCCUUUUUUUUGUCCAGCCUCAUCAGGUAAAAUGGAGGUAAAGUCACACCCGGUGAGGUGUGGAAUUUUUAUGUAAUCAAAGAUGAAAAGAAACCUGGCGAUGAGUUGUUCUGCCAGAAGAGUCAGUUUAAUAAGGCAGGGGCAUUUCUGACUGCCUCCUACAAUUGGCCAUAGGUAUUUCCAGAGACUCCAACCCACAAUGCCCAGGUGCACAGAACAGAGUUUCUGCCUUACUCUGAAUUUUCUAGCUUUUGUGGGUUUCAGACCCUUAAUGUUCUUUGAACACGGUAGGGUUUUUGUGGUGUAAAUUACACACACAUGCAUUUUAAUAGCUGUCUAGAUUAAGGAAUACUGGAAGUUCCUUCGAGUGUCUCUUAUACUGUGAAUUGUAGAGCUUUUCAAGAGAACUGUGACAGGACACCUCCCCCUUCUGCUCCUCCGAGGACUGCAUCUGCUGAAUGCUACCUACCGGGUUUUUUUUUGCUCUUUAGAUGCCAUUAAAUUAAUAAGCCUAUAGAAGUGUGUGCUUAUGGGGUGUGGGCUCUGAAUGCUAUGAAAUAGGCUAUGCAGCUUUCACAGUGAUAGGUUUCUGAGCGUCAUCGAUUUUUUUCCCCCCCCCCCCUUUUGUUUGUGUUUAAGUUUGUAAAUCAUGUUUUUUCCAGUACUAUUUAAAGUUAAGCACAUUACCCCUGUGCCUGGGCAGGGGGGGUGCACUAUUUUAACUUAAUUUAAAGUCCCUUAGACAAUCUUACCUUAGACAUGUAAGCUGUAUUUGGACAGGCUAUCCUCAUGGGUGUAGAUUGUUCUCAUUGGUUGCUAAAGUCAAACUGCUUGCAAAGCAACCAUAGACAUGUUCAAAGCACUGACCACCCUCCCGACUCUCUAAAUGAUGUGUUUGUAAUACUUUAGCUCCUUUACUGCCAUACUGGAAUGAAAUACCAGGGCCAGAGUAGCCUGCACUUUUCAGUGUCUGGUUCAAGAAGACAUGCCUGCUUUCUGAAAGGCACUAAAGUUAUAGCAUGUUUCCAGAAUUCAAUUAUUCACCAGCCUGUGGCCUACUUACCUUUUUAAAAAAAAUUCUAAUUCCGUACAGUGUAUUAUGGGGAGGCAGGCAUGACUAGCAUUCUGUUCACGUGAAUAGAAAUUAUAAAUUUGUGAACUGGCCACUUUGUGGUCCUGGCUUUAAAGAUAAGGGAAUAAUACUUUUUACCUAGGGUAGGGUGCACUUGAUUUUAUGGCAGUUCGGGGUGAUUUUUCACUGCUACUGUAUUUAAUAGAAAUGUCUUAAUCACGCCCUGGUUUUUCCUUCCAGCAGUGUUUUUAAAGUGUUUGUUGAGUGUUUUUUUUGUAAAGAAUAUCCCCAUAGAAUUGCAAGCAAUAUGUAUUUUUUUUUUAAAGGUAGGGUGUUGAGGUUGUACUUCUGUAUCUGGUGUGGCACAUCAGUGGUCAUGAGGGCACUGCAGAGCCCGGGGCUGCUAAAGCUUCAUUCCAAGAUGAGGAGAAAAUAGCAAUAAAAGCUUUCUGCUAUUUAAAGUUUGAACAAUGUGUUUUAAAAAAGGACAUUGAGUUUAGCUCAGGCUGAGCUAUUACCACUUGGCUGGAAAUAGUCUUUAAAAUCACACUGUCACCACACUCUGUGUUUCUUAAUUCAGUUUUAAUUAAGCUGCCAGUAUUGACUGGAGACCCCUUCUCUGUUAGAAGAAUUAUGGAGCUGCUGGAAUUCUCCACUGCUUGAUAAGCCUAGCCUUUGGCUGCCCUCGCAGGUCUCAGCAUCCAGGUUCCUAUGCAAGCCGCUCCUUUGUUUGAGCUAUGCUGCUUCUCCCUACCUGCAGGCAGGUGCUACCACAUGGAACAACUACACGGCAAGCUGUACUUUCUUGGUUCCUCCUGAGUGUGCCUCUGAGGUGCCAGCUCUGGCUUUCUGCCCUUGCUCUGGGUGGCAGUAGUGCAGUUGAUCAACAGGCUGCAACCUUCCUGUUUAGCAACUGCGUUAACCUGACAGGCCCCACUGAGCAUGGUCUUGGAAGUCUGUGCCAGAACACAUUUGCAGUGACAUGGACGCAGCAGCAUCUUCAGUGUUGAGCAUGAAUUCAUUCACCCAGAGAUACACAGCACAUGCAGCAAAGGGCUAAAAGGUCUUUAUGUGAAUCCUGCUUAAGUGUAAGGCCUCUCCAUAGCUCAGGUGGGUACAGCUUAUUCCAGCCCCUUUUGAAGUCUGAGGGCUAGCUGGUGUUGCUGCAGACCCUCUGUGUCAGUCUCACUCUGCAGCCUCCCCCUUUUUCCUGCAGGAGAGAUCCUUUUAACUGCCUGUCUUCUGAUCUCUUCUCAGCCUUGGCCAAGCUACUGCAUAACUUUACUGGCACUAGUCAGGGAGCCUUUUUACAGCUACUAACUUGGCUUUUGGAGAGUGUCUGCUGAGAUGCUCCUUGCCUUUUCUGCUUGUUCCCUUUCAGCAUCCCCUUCUGCUGUCACCCCCAUACACAGGAGUGUGCAGCAGUCAUUGAAGAGCUUCUUGUGACAGGUUCCCUCAUAGGGUUUAGAGCUACCAAAUGUUUAUCUUACCAUAAUACUUAGGCAUUUGGUAGUUGAAAGGGUUUAGAUACGCCAUUUCCUCUAAUGAAGGAAGCACUAAACACUGUCUUCACUGCAACCUAAUGCUUUUACACUAGGUGUGGUAUGAAUUAACAUAAAAAUGAUCAGGGUAGGCAAAGUUCUUGAUCUUUCCCAGGUGGAGGAACUUGCCAGUGAGAGAAUUAUUCUUUUCCAAAAGGAUUGGGUGCAAGUGUUUCUUGCACAUAGCCUGCUUUUACCUUGGCUGUGGAGUCGCUGCUCAGAGGGGACCCAAAAAGCAGAGUAGUCUUUUUGCUGGAUUCUGGGUAGCCACUAGCUGUGCUGCUCAUUCAUGCAGUUCCCUUUGGACAUGAGCAUUUGUUUUUUUUCUAGUUCCCCUUUCUCCAGCACACAGCUGCGCAGGGGCACAAGUCAGUCCAAAGUAAAGUGGCUUCUGAAAGUAUAGGAUAGCAUGGACCUUCCAAGAGCCUGUUAUGUAACCUGGAGAGGGAUUCCUACCUGACUCCACCGAGUCUCACAGACAAGACCUUACAUGUCAAAUGUUCUCCUAAGCCAGAAGUUGAACCAAGACAUUGAUUGUUCCUUAAACUGCUCAGACUGGAACAGUUUAGCUUUUCAGAGAAACAGGGAAGCCUAGAGCUUUCAGUAACACACUCAAUAUUCCUCUGAGUUGCUUACUGCUAACACUGGAAAUAAUCUCUUCUACCUUAGCCAGAAACAGCUGCAGGGUUGCCUGUAUCCUCUUCUGCUGUCCAUUUUCCCCCUAACAUAAGCUGGUCAGGAUUUACUUUAAAUCUGAUGUGUGGUGAAUUGUGCAUUUUCAGGGGACCAGAACUGCUGGUAUCAAUAUGAGUAAACAAGGUCUAUUAGUAAUAUGGAUGUUCCCAGCUAUUCCUAAUUCACAAAAUCAGCGUGAGACUGUCUUGAAUGUAUAGUGUGUAUUAUUUGGAAGCUAUUUAUAUAUAUGAAUGAACAUUUUCAUAGAAAAGGUGGCAAGGAGCAUCAUGACCUGUGUCAAUCAAUUAAACUGGACUAGGCAGGUUUGUUUGCCAGACCACAGUCACCCAGCAGUAGUUAUAUUGAGGCCUGACUGACUUCUGGUUUUAAUAAACUGGUUUGCUGACUUCAUACAAUGUACAUUUACCUUAAAAGAUGUUAGUGUCCCAACUUUGGGUUUGUUUUUUGGGUAUUUUUUUUUACAAGUUUAAUCUCUCUUUAGUUGCAAAUAUGAAGGAGCUUUGUAAAAUUUUUAAGACAAUGGUGAAUUGUCUAGAAUAGCUGUUUACAUUUUUUCUUUACAAAAAUAGGAAAUAUUGCAACAGAAUAAAAUUGGCAAAUCUUUAUAGUUUGAAUAGUAAAUCACAGGAGCUGUUAUUUUGGACUUUUAUAGUAAAUCAAAGAAACAAUUGCUGUAGUGUUUAGACAGACCUAAGUGUUCAAUAUUGCUUCUUGUAUUGCAUUUUUCAAUAAACUUUCAAACAAAC